GUUUCUCUACUCGCCGGAGAUAUCAUUCUCGCGCCCUAAAACAGAACACAGUCUCUCUGAACGAGAUAGAUUCCCAACUUGCGAUCGUUCGAUGGAGACGGAGAAGGAAACGGCAAUGUGGAGAUUUCGCAGACUCCUGCAUAUCGGACGGCUUCUCCGCUUCCUCGAGCUCGCAGGAGCUAUUUUCGUACUCUCCUACUCAUAUUCCUACAUUCCGCCGAUCGCUAGGAACUCCAGCGCAGUCCUCCGCGGCGCCGUUGUUGUUCUUAUCAGCCCUACCUUUGUAUUCCUCUUCGGAAACGCCAUUGUUCUCGUCCUCUUCGCCAAAUCUGGCCAAAUCACCUCCACAGCUGAAGCCCCGUCCGCUCUCUCCGACGUGGAUGGAUCUGAUGAAAUAUCCUCUAAUCUGACUUACUCUACGCCGCCUCAUUUGAGGGAGGAUGAGGAGGUCGUGUACGAGGACAAGGAGGUGUGCGUCGAGAUUCGUGUAUGCACGCAGAGCCGGUCGGAGGAGUUUGAGAGGACAAAGGAGGAGCCAAAGAUCCGGGAAUCGAAAACGGAGGUAAGUUGUGACGCUGAAAAGUUCUCGCCUCCGCCGCUGUCGCCGCCUGCGGCUGAAGAUAGAGCUGCUGCGGAGGCAGAGGAGGAUGCGGAGCGGUUUCGACGGACGGUAGAAGAGUUCAUUGCAAAGCAACAGUGGUUUCAGAGGCAGGAGUCGCUGUCCCACAUCUCCUACUCCGCGGGAUUACCCGAACCUGUGGCUGUGUAAAUAUAAAAGUGAUAAAAAUAAUUUGUUUUUUGGAUGAGAUUUCUUUGGACUUUUUCGCACUUUUUUUUUAAAU